GACAGAGGAAUCGGUGGGGGGAGAGUCUGGGCUGGCGAUUGGCGGUUCAUCGUGACCGUUGAAUCUUCGGCAUCUCCGAUCACAGCCGUUGAUCUCUAAUACUUUCUCGUUCUCCGACCGAAUUCUCUGAUCUUUCUCUCCUGCCUCAGUUCUCUCUGGUCUCUGAACAGUGAGCUUCUUUUUCUACUGAUGUAAGCUCUGUUGAAUCAUGUAGUACAGUUACACGAGCUCCGAAAUGAAGCGAGUUUGCGUCGUGUUUCUCGUCUCCGUUUCUGGGGAGGACAAUUUUGUAGGCAAUGAUUCGACAAUGCUAGGUUAGUUGAUGAUUGGUUGGACUCUUUUUAUCUCUCUCAUUCAAUUGAGAGAGAACAAGUCUCUGCCUUGCCGUCACCUCUGCGUCAUGGUUGGAACUAAUAGAUUUUCCUCUUCCAUGUCUGCGAAGUUGGAUAUUCCUGCUCCCACAAAUAUGGCUGUUGCAGUCAUCAAUCGGGCUCGCAGUGGCGAGCACAAUAAUGGAAACGCAAGUGGAAAUCUUUCCAGGAGGAGGAGAGUCUUUGUGCAGACCGAGACCGGCUGUGUUUUGGGAAUGGAGUUGGAAAGGGGUGACAAUGCCCAUACUGUAAAGAGGAGACUGCAGCUUGCCCUCAACAUUCCUACUCAUGAGAGCUCAUUGACAUUUGGGGAUCUUGUACUAAAUAAUGAUCUUAGUGCCGUCCGAAAUGACUCGCCAUUACUUCUUACUAGGAAUGCCAUGCACCGAAGCUCAUCGACUCCUUGCCUCUCUCCUACUGGGAACAAUCCCCAUCAUCAGAGGGAUCAGAGUGAGCUGAUACAGAUUUUAGGGGGUACUCACUUUCUUGGCAGUAAAGAACUGGUAAAGGAGAUUGUAACAGCUAUAAAAAAUGGUGUCGAUCCUAUUCCUGUUCAGAGUGGGCUCGGAGGUGGUUACUUUUUUAGGAACAGCAGGGGUGAGACUGUUGCUAUUGUGAAGCCAACAGAUGAGGAGCCCUUUGCGCCAAACAACCCGAAAGGCUUUGUAGGCAAAGCUCUUGGGCAGCCAGGUCUGAAACCUUCUGUCAGAGUUGGGGAGACGGGCUUUAGGGAAGUGGCUGCUUACCUUUUGGAUUAUGAUCACUCCGCCAAUGUGCCUCUAACUGUUCUUGUAAAGGUUACACACUCGGUGUUCAAUGUAAAUGGAGUCAAUGCAAACAAUUUUCAGAAUAAGAAGAAGGUUAGCAAGAUAGCCUCUCUCCAGCAGUUUAUUCCCCAUGAUUUUGAUGCUGGUGACCAUGGAACCUCAAGUUUUCCCGUUUCGGCUAUUCAUAGGAUAGGGAUUUUGGAUAUUAGAAUCUUUAACACUGACAGGCACGCAGGGAACCUAUUGGUUAAAAACCUUGAUGGAAUUGGGAGGUUUGGCCAGGUAGAGCUCAUUCCAAUUGAUCAUGGCCUUUGCUUACCGGAGAGCCUGGAGGAUCCAUAUUUUGAAUGGAUUCACUGGCCUCAGGCAUCAAUUCCUUUCACUGAGGAAGAGCUCGAGUACAUAAACAAGCUAGAUCCAGUUCGUGAUUCUGAGAUGGUAAAGAUGGAGCUGCCCAUGAUUCGGGAAGCAUGUCUGCGGGUUCUAGUCCUUUGCACGGUGUUUCUCAAGGAAGCAGCUGCUUUUGGACUGUGUCUUGCUGAGAUCGGUCAGAUGAUGAGUAGAGAGUUCCGAGGGCGAGAGGACCAGCCAAGUGAGCUCGAGGUUGUAUGCCUUGAGGCAAGGAGGAGCAUAGAAGAUUGGAACAUAUCAAGCUUUGAAUCUGAGAGAUUAGAUGAAGAGUUUGUAUUUGACAUAGAUGGUGAUGAUGCAUUUCAUUGCAAGUGCAAAGGCGCGAAUGGUCUGUGCCUGCUCUCUAAGCUGGAUGAAGAUAUGGAAGACAAUGAGGAAGCAUUUGUAGAUCCGAGGCCAGCCAAUUUAGAAAGGUUCACCGAUUCUUGGCCGAAUUGGAACAAUACCACUUCAAAUUCAUCCAUGUCCGACGCGGACAAGAGAAGCCUAGGAUACAAUCGUAGGAUGGGUUCCUUAUCUGGGAUUGCAAGAAGUGCUAAUGAGCAGCUGCCUACCACAAGGAGUUAUGUGAAGCUUGCUGAUAUGAACAAUGAAGAAUGGACGAUGUUUCUUGAUAAGUUCAAGGAGCUUCUUUACCCUGCCUUCGUCAAACGAAGCUCUGCCACUGCUGAGCAGAGACAGAAACUGAGGCUCGGAACUUCAUGCCGGUUUUGAAUAUAUCCUCUCUUUGUUGGUCUAAUAAGCAAUGGACAAGGCGACAUCUUAUAGUUGGUAGAAAGUUUGGUUUUCUAGUGCUGUAGUGUUGAAAAGAUAAAUCCUGUGCUUAGAAAUAAAUUUCCCAGAGAUAGUGUAUGAUAUUCUUAGAUUUGCUGGGUGAAAGACUACGUUUUCUUUCUUCUAUGAUAUCAUGCUUGGUUGCUCUUA